CCAUUUCUCUGCUCACACUCGCUCACUCUAUUCCUCCCUAAAAUCUGGGUGUACUUAUUGAUCUCUCUUGUUUAUUUAUUUUCGGAUUUCAAUUCCUUUUUGUGCCAAAGAGGAACAAGUUUGAAUCAUGGUGUUGUACGACUCCGCCACGUUAGCGGGGAGUAGCAGCGGCAGCUCAUCCUCCUCGUCUUCCAAGCCGCCGCCGUUGCAGCCGGAGCAGCGGCAAGAUAUUGAUGGUCAUCUUGCCGGAGCUGGAUAUAAAGUUAGGUCAUCCGAGCUACGCAAAGUAGCUCAGCGACUUGAAAGGCUGGAAACCGCAAUGGUUAAUUCCCCCGCAGAUUUAUCUCAACUUGCUUCUGAUACAAUCCACUAUAACCCUUCCGAUCUCGCCUCCUGGGUUGACUCGCUCCUAUCCGAGUUUCCUCUGACUCCUACUUGCCCCGCCGAGUUCGUCACGGAUCCUGUAACAAAUCAGACUGUGGUAAACGACGCCUGGACCACCACCGAGACUAAUAUGCUGCUGGUGCCCCAGAAUGUUUCUUACGAGCAACAAAAUUUGAAUAAUCAGUUAACGGUUGUCACGGCCAUGGAAGAAGAUUCCGGCAUACGGCUGGUCCAUAUGUUGAUGACGUGUGCAGAGUGCGUCCAAUGUGGAGACUUCUCAUUGGCUACAUCGUUUCUGGAAGACAUGCAAGGGUUACUGACACGUGUUAACACCGUUUGCGGUAUUGGUAAAGUUGCUGGACAUUUUAUCGAUGCUUUGAGCCGUCGUAUUUUCCAAGGUAUUGGCGGCGGUUCUAUAAACGGGGGCUCCGCUUAUGAGAACGAGAUUUUGUAUCACCAUUUCUACGAGGCAUGUCCGUACUUGAAAUUCGCUCACUUCACUGCUAAUCAGGCGAUUCUCGAAGCUUUCGACGGUCAUGAUUGCGUCCACGUGGUGGAUUUCAAUUUGAUGCACGGCUUGCAAUGGCCAGCUUUGAUACAAGCUCUCGCUUUACGUCCCGGUGGACCUCCUUUACUUCGUCUCACCGGCAUCGGACCGCCAUCGCCAGAUGGCCGUGACUCGCUUCGCGAAGUCGGGUUGCGACUUGCAGAGUUGGCUCGGUCUGUCAACGUUCGCUUCGCUUUCCGCGGGGUCGCGGCUUCCAGGCUCGAAGACGUUAAGCCGUGGAUGCUUCAGGUGAAUCCAAAAGAAUCUGUGGCAGUUAAUUCAAUCAUGCAGCUUCACCGCUUACUGGGUUCUGAUCCAAACCGGAAUGCCCCUAUCGAAACGGUUUUGAACUGGAUCCGGAGCUUAAACCCGAAAAUCAUGACCGUCGUGGAACAAGAAGCAAACCACAACCAACCAGGUUUUCUAUACCGUUUUACUGAAGCUCUUCACUAUUAUUCAACGAUGUUCGAUUCUUUAGAAGCUUGCACAGUUCAACCGAACAAGGCAUUAGCCGAGAUAUACAUUCAAAGGGAAAUAACCAACGUGGUGAGCUGUGAAGGGUCGGCUCGAGUCGAAAGACACGAACCGUUGGCUAAGUGGAGAAUACGUCUGACUGGCGCCGGAUUCCGGCCAUUACAUUUGGGGUCCAACGCGUAUAAGCAAGCUAGCAUGUUGUUGACACUGUUCUCGGCGGAAGGGUAUUCGGUGGAAGAAAAUGACGGGUACUUGACUCUGGGUUGGCAUAGUCGCCCCCUCAUUGCUGCUUCGGCCUGGCAAGCCGUAUCUGAUGCGCCGUCAGAGUUCCCGGUACCAGAUACUCAUAGGCUAUCCUAAUCAAAGGCAGGCUAAUAGUAAAUAAAUAGUCACAACGAAGACCUGGCUGUAAAUUUGGGGUAAUUCGGUUUCUUUUGGGAAGAUAAUUAUUUUUUCCUCAGCAUUAAUCGAUGUUAUUUUCAUUGAGAUUUUAGUUCAGGAGAAAUCUGUUCCUAGGAUUUUCCAUAUAUACAUAUUUUCUCCUAUGUCUUGAAUCAGGCAAAUUGAUCGUUAUGAAGAUGGCAGAUGUUCAUGGAAAUUUGAUUUUUGGUGGUUAAAGUUAGCAUUAGGCAUUAGGCUUAAAAGGUAAAAUUAUGAGAGAUACUUAAAUUCCAUAUCCUACAAAACUAGCAGGUACUUCAUACUUUCCAAACCGGGGAAUUUGUUCAGAUACCUUUUUCAGGUUGUGAGUGGCUACCCU